UACAAGCUCUUCAACUUAGGUCGAGGGAAAGAGCUGGCUGCCUGUCUGGAGCUCCCUCAGCCACACACACACACACACACACACACACACACGCACACACACACACACACGCACACGCGCACACACGCACACACACUUACCGGCACUUUGACGAGAAGGUCGGGGACAUGAUGGUUGUGUCAGCGCGCAGCUGGCUCGCCAACGAGGGAGGAAAACACUUCGUCCUGAUGAUGUGGUUGGGAGCUAACACCUGGCUCUUUGUCAAAACCUUCCUGAUGUACUGCAGUGGACAGCAGUAUCACUACCUCUACAAGAUGCUCGGGCUUGGACUUUGCAUCAGCAGGGCUUCAGCAUCUGUGCUGAACCUAAAUUGCAGCUUGGUGCUGUUGCCCAUGUGUCGCACUCUUCUUACGUUCGUCCGAGGAACACACACGGUAUCAAGCAGAAAGACCCGGCGACUGCUGGACAGGAGUAAGACCUUCCAUGUGGCCUGUGGAGUUGCCAUCUGCAUCUUCUCUGUCGUUCAUGUCUCUGCCCACCUCGUCAACGUUAUGAACUUCAGUAGCAGCUACUCAGAAGACUUUCCGGCUCUUAAUUUUGCUCGCUACAAAGGAGAGGACCCAAAGCGAAUCAUUCUGACCACAGUUCCCGGACUCACUGGUGUUCUAUUAGUUGUCAUCCUUUUCCUGAUGUUCACGUCUUCCUCCUACUGCGUGCGAAUAUACAACUAUGAGAUCUUCUGGUAUACACACAACCUCUUCAUCAUCUUCUAUAUCAUUCUGAUGGUGCACAUGGUCGGAGGAGCACUAAAAUAUCAGACCAACAUCGAGGCCCAUCCCCCUGGAUGCUUACGAGCCAACCACAGCCGUGCAGAGGAACAAGGGGAGGAACUAGAGAAACGUGUGCAAGAGGAGAUGCCGUGCAAAGCAGAGGCUCACUUCCAACCCCACUGCCCACAGACAUGGCUGUGGGUGUCGGGUCCUCUGUGUCUCUACUGUGCGGAGCGUCUGUACCGCUAUAUCCGGAGCAGUGAUCCGGUUACCAUAGUGACUGUCAUCAGGCACCCCUGUGAUGUCAUUGAGUUACGAAUGCUUAAGAAGAACUUUAAAGCUCGUCCGGGGCAGUAUAUUGUCCUCAACUGUCCCAAUGUCUCGUCAUUUGAGAACCAUCCUUUCACGCUAACGGCGUGUCCCACAGAGAACAAAGAAACGUUCGGCAUUCAUCUUCGGGUCGUUGGAGACUGGACUGAGCGCUUCACACAGAUGUUACUUCCUGACCUUACAAGAGACUUGGACAUCCUCCCUGUGGUGCAUCAGAGAAGAUACCCCAAGCUUUACGUGGACGGUCCGUUUGGAAGUCCUUCAGAGGAAGUGUUCAACUAUGACGUCAGCCUUUGCGUCGCGGGCGGAAUAGGGGUGACGCCGUUCGCCUGUAUCCUGCAUGCUCUUCUUGACGGCUGGAUGGGGUUCAGGUUGAAGAGGUUAUACUUUGUGUGGGUCUGCAGGGAGCUGCGAUCGUUUUACUGGUUCGCUGAGCUGCUGUCGACCCUACAUCAGAAGUUAUGGCACGAAAACAAACCUGACUACUUGAACCUGAAACUGUACGUCAGUCAGGCAGACAACCUGCAGGGCCUAACUGAGGAGAAAUACCGCCUGCUUGCAUCACGGCUGCUGGUGGGUCGUCCCAGGUGGAAGUUACUGUUUGAUGAAAUUGGAAGGACCAACAAGCGGAAGCGAGUUGGGGUGUUCUGUUGUGGACCCAAAGGCAUCUCCAGGACUCUUCACAGACUGUGUAACUCAGCUCACUUUCCUGGAACUACUUUUGAAUUUAACAAAGAGUCCUUCAGCUGAUUGGCCUUCAGCAGGAAAAGCAUAGCUCGUUUGGAUUCAAUCACUCGGCAUUGAAAUUACAUUGGGUAUAUGUAAUGUAGCCACUCUCAAAGGAACUGUCCCAAAAAGGGGACUUGAUCGUUGGCUAUUCACAGAUCGACUGUACAGUACUCUACUCCUUAUUAUCCCCGAUCAGCCUAAACUGGUGCUUUACAGAGGCCCCUGAGAAGAAAUCAGCACCCUGAAGUUCACUGGGAACAGCCCAUCUCACGAUGAACCACCUCGAAUGUGCUUCAUUUUGGAAGCUGCUAAUGAAUUUAGAGCUUUAUUUGGAUUAUAGAGUGAUCAAGCGCAACAAGUGAUGGCCACAAACACAACUUGAUGAGUGUAUCAUACUUGGUGAGUUCAUCACUCUGUGUAACAGUGUUUGACAUGUCAUACUGAAAGAAUUGUUUAAUCAUUCCACAAGGGGCAUUUUUGUUUUUUCUACACUUUACACUGGAUAUACAGCGGCACCUUGAGAUACGAGUCACUUCAAGUUUUUCGAGAUCUGAACCGUCAUUCUGAAGAUUUCUUUGCAGUGACUUGCGAGUACAAACUUGAGAUAC